AUGGAGGAACUCAAGGAGACCGCUGAGAAGCUAUUUCCUGUCGCAGGGAGCUCCAGUCCCGGGACGCAGCAUAUAGACCCAAAAGAGCUCUUAGAAUCGACAGAUGGACUGACUAGCUUUCUCCCGUUUAAGCGAUGGGUGAGAAGCCUUCGUGCUAAGAAAGGUUCCCGCUAUCAGCAGUAUCAAAGAUAUGUUGAGGGCUGGAGUGACAUCUCACCAAACCGGUAUGAGAACACAUUGAACCUGUCAUUCGGUAGUGGAACACAGGACCAGCAAUGGGAAAGCUUUUCGGCGCAUUCGUCUCAUCUCAGCACGGUGAAAACAAGUACGCUGAGCAUUGCAAGCCAGAGCAUUGUGAGAUCAAGGGGGACAACCCAGAGUACAGCAAAUCAGAGCAUAGGAUCGGAAAACCGUGCAUCGACGGAGAGCUCAAGACCGGCGAGUUCGCAUAUUGAUACCGACGCGCAGAACCGAGCUAUCAGAAGACUUCAGGCACUUCGGGAGUUAAUAACAACUGAGUCAGAUUACGUUUUUGGUUUAAAAGCUCUGACUGAUGUCCUUCUUCUUUUCUCAACAAGACUGGAGAUUUACCACAACCUACAACAAAUUCGCGGAACACACGUUGCCUUUCUGGUGCAGAUACGGAAUACCAUACCGACGUGUAGUUUUGCUGGGGCCGAAGUCAAUUGCUUGACGCCCAACAGGUUGCCCAAACAUUCUAGCUCAGUUGAUUUGGGUCUCAAGGCUCUUCACCAUAGGCCUUUGAGAACACACAAUCCCACGAAAGGAUUCAAUCACCGUCACAGAAAAUUCACUGCGGAUGCCAGUGAAGCAUUAGAAGCUGCCUAUGAGAUUGGCAAGUUGUCAAUGUCCUUCACAGCCUACAGAGAAUUUUGCAGCCACUACGAACAACUCAUGCAGGACAUGGAUCUUUUCCGUAAGUCAGUACCAAAUUGGCCAAUAUUCGAGCAGGGCAUUGAAGCUCUGUCCAAGUCUGUGGCAUCCAUGGAGAGUCGAACACUAGCGCCAAAUAAAUCAAUGUGUAUAAGCGAUCUUCUCAUAAAGCCCAUCCAAAGGCUUUGUAAGUACCCGCUACUGCUUCAAGAAUUGCUGAAAUGCACCCCGAUCCAAGAUGAUCCAUCGGCCCAUGAUGGAAUAAGAGAGAUUUUGGAAAGUGUGCGCAACAUAGUCGCCCAAAUUAACGACUACCCUGGUAAUCCCAUAAACAAGAAGCUCACCCAGCAGACUCUCCUGCUCCAGGGGAUGCUUGAGCUCCCUAAAUCGGCCAUAGUACACGAUAUUUACAAUCAGCUGGGACCAAUAAACCUUUGCGGCGUGCUUCAUGUGACAUAUCAGUCUCUAAGACACCUUACUGGCGGUUAUAUGGUCUGUGUCUUAUUCAAGAAUCAUUUCCUUCUUGCUAAAGUACAUGAUGAUUAUCGAAAUCUUCAAGCAGUGCUGUGCUUGUAUACUUGUGAUGUGAAGAUUGAUACGCCGAGAAAUGGAAAGGGUCUAUAUUGCGACAAAUGCUAUUUUUCGUGGAAGUUGGUUUUCCAACACGAGGGCAACAAAUUCGAACUGGUUUUGAGUGCUUCAUGUGCAAAUGAAGAAAAGCUAUGGAAGACAGGGCUGUUAAAGUCCGCAGCAGCAUCGGCCGAUAUGCAAAGCCCAGUCUCAUCGGAACAGAGUCGAUACUCAUUUCUGUCCCUGGAUUUAAGCCCUCUGGACAGCCCUUUUCGCUCUGUGGCUACAUUGUCCCACAGACCGUCGGUUCACUCGUUGGCAUUCUCGCGGGCCGAGCGCAAUUUGCAACACGUAAUUAUCAAGAAGACGCACUGUCCUCAUAAGCUCUGGCAGACAGCGACUGAUGGCGUCGGGGAAAUUGAGCGGCCGAAGAUACCCUCAUCGUCGCCCUUAGUAUUAACAAGCAGGAGACAAGAGCGCGUACGGCUAGAGCGUGUUAUUUCGCCCAUAUAUACUCGCGAAUCACUCCCUUAUCCUGGGAUGGUAUUAAAAGCAGGCGAUAUAUUCCUACGUCCUGGCUCCGUCAUGAGGCGGCUUACCCUCCAUCCAGGAUUACACAGGCGAUCUAGCUCGGCCAACUUGCCUAGUCGCCGGCCAACCGAAGAACCUUAUGAAACGAUGAAAAAUAUCGACAUCGGUAGUAAGAGCGAAAUAGUGCGACGUAGGUCGGAGGUUGAUGGCGAGAAAGGGCACAUUCUAGCGGGUUAUAACCUGGGAACAAUUGGGCGGAGCAAGACAUUAAGACAGAAGAGUGGCCUGAAGCAACCUUCCAGCGCAGAUGUGCAACUUUCUGGCAGGAGAGAGAGAAGUUGCGAGCACACCGAAAGUCCUUUAAUGAGGUCAUCUUUUCGAACGAUGUUCAAUUCGGUGUCAUUGAGAAGGGCAUGGAGAAAUCCCCGCGAGGGCUUGGCCAAUGGAGGGGGAUGA